AUGGAAUCCCCUGGAGAAAACGACCUGUGUUACAAAACGUCUCAUAGAUCGCGAGGCAAAGCAUUGGUAAUAAAUUAUACAGUGAAUAGAGAUGGUUCGGAAAAGGAUACUCAAGACGUCGAAAAGGUUUUGAAGAGCCUGCAGUUUGAUGUGCGAGUGGAACAUGAUCUAAAGGAAAUGGAGCUAUUGCUUUUGCUAAAAGAAGUGGCUAACGAAGAUCAUACCGAUAGUGACUGCUUUGUGAUGGUGGUGAUGGCGCACGGAGGAAAAGAAAAGAUAAUGGUUGAAGGAUUCGAUUUCGCUGUCGACAGAUUAUGGCAAAAUUUCGUCGGAAACCGCUGUCCAGGACUCAUAGGGAAGCCUAAGCUGUUCUUCAUUCAAUCGUGUCGAGGAUCUCUACAAGAGAAGGACCAGGACGGAGUAAUUCAGAAGGAUGCCGCUCCAGUUGCUUGCAACGAGGAAAAUUUUGUCCUUCCCAUGCAUGCUGAUCUGUUGGUGAUGUACGCGUCGUACUACGAAUAUGUUGCGUACCGGAAUAAAGAUGACGGCUCUUGGUUCAUCCAAGCGCUGUGCAACGUGCUGAGCAGGGACAUACGACAAACGGAGCUUCUUUCGCUGCUGACGGAUGUUUCAUAUCAAGUCGUAUUCAAGUAUUCAAUGCGUUCCGGUCCUGAGGGCAAACGCAUGCUACAAAUACCUAUGAUAACAUCAAUGUUAACUAAAAAGUUUUAUUUUGUUGAAAAGGAUGUCCCAGCUGUAAAGGAAAGUAUUUGUCUCUGUGUUUGA